AUGGAUAUAAACGAUACCACUGUCGCUACAGCUAUAGAUUUACAAUAUCACAACACAAGCAUGCUUCGCCCAACAAUUCUUGCCAUUCUAUUCUCUCUGAGUCUUGCUGUGGUCUACAGGAGAGGGCAAAGGAAGAGCACUUCAGAGAACAGGGAACCACCGGUCCUGACCUCAAAGAUUCCACUCUUUGGCCAUUUGAUAGGAAUGCUGAGAUGGCAAGUUGGAUACAUGCAGAUGCUGAGGUAUAUUGAAACCGUGGCCUUCAAUAAUAGUUCCAAAUGCCCUUCAUGGCCAGCCUUUACUCUUAGAAUCCUUUCUUCGCGCAUCUACGUUAUUUGCGAUCCAGCACUAAUCCAAGCGGCCUACCGGAACACCAAAGCAUUUGAUUUUGGAACAUUCGUUGUCGAAUCUUCAGAACGCCUGUUUGGAAUUAGCGAGGCUGGAAUGAAGAUUAUGCGCGGAGAGACGGCUCCAGGAUAUGACCCCAAUGGACCUCCUCUGAAUGGAAAUAAUGGGGAUUCGUUUUUGAAUGACCAUCAUAACUUCAUGAUCGAAAUUCUGUCUCCCGGCCCAGCGCUUCGUGAGUUGAAAUCAGAGGUUUUGGACAGAGUGGCAGGAUCUCUCGAUGAUUUGGGCCGAAGUGGAAAAGUAGAGCUGUAUAAAUGGACGAGAGAAGUCCUUACAAUUGCAUCGGCGGAAGCUAUAUAUGGCCCAGAGAACCCCUUUUCGAGUGACCCAAAGCUUGUCGACGCACUCUGGGAUUUCGAGUCUGACGCAACUCUCCUCAUGCUUCAAUUGCUUCCUACAUUCAUCUGCCCUAAAGCAUAUCAUGGCCGGGGUGCUUUGAGGGCUGCUUUUGCCAAAUAUUAUGCCAACCACCAUGAUCAAUCAGCCAGUAGACUUAUACAUUCCCAUCUUGCGAUAUGUAAGAAAUGGGGUUUCAGCGAUAGUGAUAUCGCCAACUUUGAAAUCUCAACCUUGUUUUUAGCUACCACCAACACAGUUCCUGUAUCUUUCUGGCAACUUUCUUACAUUCUGUCCGACGCCUCUCUGCUUGAAGAAAUUCGCACCGAGGUAGAAGGCAUAGUAGAGAGGAGGAAAUCAGCUGAGACAGGGGAAGAGUAUGCAGUGUUGGAUAUCACGCUAUUCCAGUCAAAAUGUCCACUUCUUCUCUCCACUUUGCACGAAACGCUCCGAUUUGUAGGAGCAGCUACGUCUGUCAGAAGCGUCAUAUCACCUACCACACUCUCCACGCCCUCGCAACCACCCUAUCAUCUCCAAUCCCCAGCCGUCAUCCAACUCCCCUCGGGCAUAACCCACUCAUCGAGCAGCAUCUGGGGCUCGGAUGUGAAUUCCUUCAACCCACGGCGCUUUUUGCCGAGUACGAAAUCCGCCCUGGAUAAGGAAACCCGGAAAAAGCAAGCGCAGGGUUACUUGCCCUUUGGCGGUGGCAAACACCUUUGCCCCGGCCGCUAUUUUGCCAUCACGGAGGUUAUGUCGUUCGUGGCAGCUAUCGUGUUGGGAUUUGACGUGCAGGGAUUCAAGGUGCCCGAGAGGGCAUUUAUGAAGCUGGGGACAGCCGUAAGGAAACCCCUGGGUGAUGCAGAGGUUGAGGUUAGCAGGAGGAAAGGCUGGGAGAAUGUGAAAUGGAAGUUUGAUACUGUUGGGAAGGGGGAUGUGGAUUUUGCUGCCUUGGUUGGGGAUAUUGAUGUUAUUGAAUGA